UAUUCUUUAUAUAAUCAUCUCCAAUCAUAUCCACAAUGGUUAACGCUAUUUUAUCUAAAAAGAGAAAGUUAGUUGCUGACGGUGUCUUCUACGCCGAAUUAAACGAAUUCUUCACCAGAGAAUUAUCUGCUGAAGGUUACGCUGGUGUUGAAGUUAGAAAGACUCCAACUAAAUUAGAAGUUAUUGUUAAGGCUUCUAACACUCAAGGUGUUUUAGGUGAACAAGGUAGAAGAAUCCAUGAAUUAACUUCUUUAUUAGUUAAGAGAUUCAAAUUAUCUCCAGAAGGUAUUGUUAUCUAUGCUGAAAGAGUUGAAGAAAGAGGUUUAAGUGCUGCUGUUCAAGCUGAAUCCUUAAAGGCUAAAUUAUUAAACGGUUUACCAAUCAGAAGAGCCGCUUACGGUGUCUUAAGAUUCGCCAUGAUGGGUGGUGCUAAGGGUGUUGAAGUUGUUAUUUCUGGUAAAUUAAGAGCUGCCAGAGCUAAAUCUCAAAAAUACUCUGACGGUUUCAUGAUCCACUCUGGUCAACCAACCAAAGAUUUCAUUGAUAUUGCUAUUAGACACGUUUUAAUGAGACAAGGUGUCUUAGGUAUUAAAGUUAAGAUUAUGAAGGAUCCAGCUGCCAACAAGAGAGGUCCAAGAGCUUUACCAGAUGCUGUUAAGAUUGCUGAAGUUAAAGAUGAAGAUGAAAUUAUCAGAGCUCCAUCUGUUAAGACUUACAAACAAGCUCCAGCUCCAGCCCCAGUUGCUGAAGCCGAAGCUGAAGUCGCUGCUUAAGUUUAUUAGGAUUAAUUUAAUAGUAUUUAAUAAUAUAUCCAGUUUUCUUAUAA